AUGGAGCAUGCGCGGGACCUGUACGACCGUUUCACGGAUCACUGCUAUGGGGAGGGCCUCAUGGAUUCCAGUGAGGACGUCGGCGUCCUCUUUCAGUCGUGGGAUGGCACAGCCAAAGCGGAGCUUUGCCAAUUUCCGCUGACGAACCCCACAUUUUUCUUCAUGGUGAUUCUGAUUUGGACCUUUUUCUUGGGGCACGAGCUCAAGCAGACGGUCUACUUCUUCUGGCACACUCUUCGGCUUCAUCGGCCGACUGAGGGCUGUGUGUGCAUUGUCGAUCAUCAGGACCAGUGCCAGUUUGUUAUCACGCACAUGAGUGGACUUCUGAAAUUCUGGAUAGCCCUCAUCGUGUUUCUCCCCAAGUUCAUCAUCGCGAUUGUCCUGUGGUACAUAGGCGCGCGUUGGUUGACAGCCACGCCUGGUGUGGACAACCUCAUGCUGAACUCGUUGGCGCUCACAUUUAUUUGUGAGCUGGACGAGCUGAUCUUUCGUACGUGCACCUCCGAGAACAUCAAGGCUUGCCUGGAGCGAACGAAGCUUCCAAUGGCCCCACUGCCAGCGGGACCUUCAAAGGCAGGUGCGAUUGAGACAGCAUUUACGGUCGUCGGCUGCUUUGCCUUGGCCUUCCUGUAUCUGACACACUUCCAGACAGCAAUCCCAGAGUAUCGCUGGGAUCUUGCUGGUCUUUGCCGUGGUCACCACCGAACGGUCCUGAAUCUGAUAUCAGCGCACCACGGAAAGCGGCACUGCAUGUUCUUGCAGCGACGGCAGCCGGUAGACAUGUCCGGCUGUGCCUCACGGCAGGUUGUCAUGAUUGUUUGUUGUGACAGAACUUGGGGCCUUCGUGGGCUAUUCUGCCGUGCGGUUCAGCAGCGAACUGCAGAGGUGAAUCCGCUGCACGUCUCUGUGGCCCGCUUUCUGCUGGACAUCGCUGGCCUCUCCCAGGUCGCAGAGGUCCGACCAGGACAAGUCAAGGAUGUGGUGCCGCAGCUGGUGGAAGAGCUUGGCUUCCACAGCACAGGAGUCUGCUUCAUGGACCAUCGUGGGACGAUCUUCCAUCAGGACUUCAACCUGCUCCUGGGUCACGGGGUCUUGGGUGCUGAGGCACAGCUCGUGGCCGACAACACGCUCAAUCCUGGGGCGAACGCUUCCAUGGACAUCACCGUGGGCGAGUGCUUUCAACCACAUGCUGGAGCUUUUAUGGCAUUCAGAGCGCCACCAAACAGAGUUCGACCUGCCCACAACGGUGCAGCAAUGGCUGGCUCCGGUGGGUCCUACUGGUCCACGCUUAGUCAGGAUCCGUCUUGGGCGUGGCUGAGUCGCGAGGAUUCGCGACCAGUCCAGGGAACCGAAGAUGAGACUCAGGUCCUCAGGGUGUGCUUCGGUGUGUUUUUGGAUUUGUUUAGUUGGGCAAUUUUCUGA